GCCACCACCACCUGGACCGAGGGGCGUGGCGUCCCUUCUGGAGGCGCGGCGCGCGCCGGGCCGCCGACCACGAGAGGAGUUUCGCGGCGCUCGUGGCCUGUUCUGGCUCAAGGUGGGCACACGCUCGAAGCACACUGUCCCAGAUACCGUGAUGUCCGCCAUGCUUCGUGUCUCCCCGCAGGAGGAGUUCGAGCGCAGCGGCGACGUGGACGAGCCGAUCGACACGAGCACCUGUGGGGCGUCGGCGCAGAUGGACUCAGGCUGGAUCCCUGGCUGCCGGAUGGCGUGUCCUAGAGAUUUCGGGGCCGCUGAGUUGGGCGAUGCUUCAACGACUUCGCUGAACAUCAUGAGCGAUGCCUCCUGUGCUUCCGGGGUUGCGCAGACGGACACUCAGACGAUCGGCACCCAGACCGACGAGUACGUGGAUGACAUAACAUGCCAGACGUGUGGUGAGGUGCGCGUGCCUCAUGGCUGUGGUCACUGGCAGUGCACUACACUGACAUGCCAGCCUACUUGGUAUCAGCGGUUCGAGGCCAGGAAGUGGCUGGCCCCACGCACGCCCGCACGAACACAACACGAGCAGCUCUCCCUGACGCGCGAGCGCUGCGUAGACUGCCGCCCCGAGGGUCGCUGCCUCAAGGGAGCUUGUCCUCGGUACUGCAACUUCGUCUUCAGGAGGGGCACGUGCAAGCAUGGAGCAAAGUGCUCAUUUUGUCACCUGCAUGGACGCGCCGACGCCCCCGGAAAUUUCAGUGGCAAGGUCGACGGCGUAUUGGACCUUCCGUGGCCACCGUCCGCCUCUCAUGUGCCGCCUCCCCCGAAGAGUUUCUUGACAAAGGACAAGCAAAAGUAUCCGAGGUACGUCAUCACGUCCGACGGCAUGAAGAACGAUCCAACCGAAUGCUUGCGCGGAUGCUGCAGUGUGAAUGAACCUUGGAAAGUGGCAUAUUGUCCAGAUCGCUUGACGGCGAAUGCACCCUCGCCGCAAAAGCUUGCUGGUGGCAGUCGAGUGCUCAGGGCCUCGCCGAAAGUGGGUCUUGAUGCAAGUGUAAUGCUCAGUCUCUACGUGUAGCAUUCUGCAUGAGGCCUGACGUGUAAGGACGCGGUUGCUCCUCGCGAGCCAGCCUGCAGCAGCACACUUUCAAGCAUACCCGCAACGUUCCACUUCGAGCGCCUGCAGGCAGCUUCCGGUUUUGGCCCCUCCGCUCGGCCUUCCCGGGCGGAGCAUACACGGAGACUAGAUGGCAGCCAGCGUGGGCCGACCACAGUGCAUUAUAUUGCACUGUGGGGGCGACAGCUGUGCGGCGGCGUAAGCUAUGUGGUGAACGCUAUGUCGUGCAAGCUGCGUGGCGUGAGCUACCAAGAUGAAGCUUGUUCGGGACGGCACGGGAUGGCAACGUGGCGCAACCUCGGGAAGCCCACCCAGCGCACGGGGCUCCCACGCGGCGACCACGAGGCGUCACGGACGGCAAAGUGGCGAUCGCGGGUUUCUUGGAUCCGUGCUGGGCGCCACUGGCGGCGCCUCCGUCGGGCGCGCUCCGCGCGCCAUGGAGUGGGGUCCGGCGCGGAUCCAAGAAAUCCGCGCAGAGCGCCAACAGUUUAUGUGCAUGCUGUUCUGUUCUUCAGAAGCAGGAGAAGUCAAAUCUCCUGAGUACCAGCAUCGUUCAGGAAAGCUCGUAGCUCGUCUAGCCGUUGUGGCGCUGCUUGCUGGCGCCACAGUCCCAGCGGCGUAGGGCCUGACCCUCCAGUCCUGUCUCCUCUCGCUCCUCCUCCUCCUCCUCCUCCUCCUCCUUGUCUGCCCUUCUUCAUCUCUCCUCUCCUCCCGUUAGGGGACGCAACCACUUCGCAACCUCGAUCCCCGAUCUGCGGCGGGAUUUUUCUCUCCCACGGACACAGAGUGCUGCUCAGGUCUGGUGGGCGUGGGAGGCGUGGGCUCGCAGGAGCGUCGGCGGGCGCGCGCGCGCAAGGCGCCCCCGGACUGUGGGCCCCCUUACGGGUAUUAUUCUAGUCAGCGCAGAGUACUCGAAGGGGCCUGAGGGCACUCAGCUGCGUGCUUCGGCGCACGGUGGAGGAUCUGAGAGAAGACCCGCCAAGGCGAUAGUGCACCAAUGUACAACUGUUUUGAGAUACGUCGCGUAUCAUGUUGUUACUCCUCUCUAGGGAGCGGCCGGCAGGUAGUUUGGCACUCCAAUCGCACGCUCACCAGGGUUGACGUCCAUCUGCGUUGGUGCCAGCCAGUUAGUAAUUUCAGGACCGUCUGCAGCCCCUCACUCCUCGGCAGACUUAGCAAGCGUGUCGCGGACUUUCGUGGUGCACUAUCUUCAGUGGCUUGUGCCUUGGAUCGAUGCCAGGCACCUGCAUGUCGCUGUUUAUGUUCAAGUUUGCCGCUCAGCAUCUAGACCUCCUCAUCGCUACCUCCAUCGUAUGCACCCUACCUACAGUACCCUCCCGCCUCUCAUCUGCGCCAAGCAACUUACAACGAUUGCACACUUACCCUCAGGCCGUAGAAGCGUCCUCUGUGUGCUCGUGUACGGGGUGGCAUUGCGUAUAAAUCCGCAUUCCACCCCGCAUGUGAGCGGCGACCGCCAUGCCUGCAACACCUCGGGGACUUGAAUUGCUGCCACCUGCCGUCUUUGGGCAGGCACAGCGUAGGCACACGGAUGCAAUUGUAUGGCGGUCGGAAUUGCAUGCAAUUGCGGCGAUGGCUCUGCGAGGGCUUGUGAGCCCAAACUCCGGUCUUGCGUUUGUAGUUUUACAUGCAGUUGGACGCAGCGCUUGUGGCGCUGCUGUGCCACCAAUUCUUUUCCGAGUCCCGCGCUCAUAUUGGAGCGCUGCUUUUCCAGAAAGGUCGACCUCGCGUCGCAGAACGGCUUUGCGCGUGCUGCGCAAGCCCCGGCACGUGCACCACAGGCCGCGCAGACCGCCGGGCUGGGGAGCGCCAGCUUGGUUCAAGUCGGGCGUGUCCCUCUACAGGAGGAACGUUCAAAAAUAG